AUGAUGGAAGUGUCCAGUUUGAAGGAGAUGGAGGUGGCACUAGUCAGUUUCAACAACACUGAUGAGAUAAUGGAAGAUCCCUGUUAUUCAAACGACUUCAGCACUGCUGCCCAAUUACAGAAGGGGCACCCCAGCUGUGCCAGCCUCUUACCCCACUGGAGAAUCCUCCUCAACAGUGAGAACACCAACGAGACCAUUUUCUCCAAGUUCUCUGCUGAGUUCAGUGAGCACCUGAUGGGGGAGCAGGAGGGCAUGGACGAGGGUGAACAGAGAGUCAUCAUCAACAUUGCUGGGCUGAGGUUUGAGACGCAGCUCAAAACCCUCGAUCAGUUCCCGGAGACGCUACUCGGGGACCCGGAGAAGCGGAUGCGCUACUUUGACUCCAUGAGAAACGAGUAUUUCUUUGACAGGAACAGGCCCAGUUUCGAUGGGAUCCUCUAUUACUACCAGUCCGGUGGGAAAAUCCGGCGCCCAGCCAAUGUCCCCAUAGACAUCUUUGCCGAUGAAAUCAUCUUCUAUGAACUGGGCAAUGAAGCCAUGGACCAGUUCAGGGAAGAUGAAGGUUUCAUCAAGGACCCUGAGACUCUUCUGCCCACUAAUGACUUUCACAGGCAGUUCUGGCUGCUGUUUGAGUACCCCGAAAGUUCCAGUGCGGCCAGGGGCGUGGCUUUGGUCUCAGUCUUGGUCAUCGUUAUUUCCAUCAUCAUCUUCUGUGUGGAGACCUUGCCUGAGUUCAGGGAGGAACGGGAGUUCAAGGCCAUCAAGGAUGCCACUAACAACUUGACCAAAGCGAACCUGGCCCCGAGCACCUUCACGGACCCCUUCUUUGUCAUAGAGACAGCCUGCAUCAUCUGGUUCUCGUUUGAGCUCUUCGUCAGAUUCGUGGUCUGCCCCAGCAAGGCUGCGUUCUUCAGGAACAUCAUGAACAUCAUCGACAUUGUGUCCAUCAUUCCCUACUUCGUGACACUCAUUACUGAGCUGGUCCAGCAGAGCGAACAAAAUGGGCAGCAGAAUAUGUCCCUGGCGAUACUGAGGAUCAUCCGCCUGGUCCGGGUUUUCCGCAUCUUCAAGCUCUCGCGGCAUUCCAAAGGCCUGCAGAUCCUGGGGCAGACCCUCAAGGCCAGCAUGAGAGAGCUGGGCUUGCUCAUCUUCUUCCUCUUCAUUGGAGUCAUCCUCUUCUCCAGCGCCAUCUACUUUGCAGAGGUGGACGAGCCACAGUCUCAUUUCUCUAGCAUCCCUGAUGGGUUCUGGUGGGCCGUGGUCACCAUGACAACUGUCGGCUACGGAGACAUGUGCCCUACCACAUUGGGUGGGAAGAUAGUGGGGACCCUGUGUGCGAUUGCGGGGGUAUUAACCAUCGCGCUCCCUGUCCCAGUCAUCGUCUCCAACUUUAACUAUUUCUACCACAGGGAGACAGAGAAUGAGGAGAAGCAGAUUCUACCCAGGGAAGUGGAGAAAAUACUUACCAGUGUGGCUGCAGCCAAUGGCAGCAUGGAGUCCUUGAACAAAACCAAUGGGGGUUCUGACCAUGACAAGCCCAGGAAAUGAUGACAGAUCAUGGGCUUGAAGGGACUGCCUGGUAUCAGAAUGGAUUUGAUAAAUGAAUUGGGUGUAAACCAUCAGCACUCUGUA